GUCUGGUUUAUAACAUCCUGAUCUGGGAGAGGUCGCAGAGGAAUGCGGUAGAGGAGUGAACGAUGGCCAGCGCGCUCUUAUCUCUUCCACUCACCUGUUCUCAAGGUAAAGAAGCAAUUGUAUAUGGUGCAUAUAAGAGGAGUGUAUUUUGUAAAACAAGGCUCUAUUCAAAAAGAUUUGUCGGCAGCAAGUCCAUCUGCGUUCAUCAAAGUUUUAUUGUUCUUGCAUCAAUGGUUGGAAGAAAGGAAAAGAAAACUGACAUUGUAAUUCCUGAACCAGACUAUAGAAUACCUGUUGUCCUUCUUGGAAUUGCAGGUGGGUUUGUAUACCUGGACAAUCUAUUACCAGCGGCAACUACUGGCCUACUUGGGCUACUUCUACUCUUUCAGACAACAAGAGUAAGGUUUAUCUUUGAUGAUGAGGCUCUGGAGGUACGAAUCGGGGAGCAGCUUCAGGAGUCGGGUGAAAAUAUCUUCGUUGGUGGUAAGAAUCGUUGGAGGUACUCGACUUUUGUGAACUGGGAAUUCUGGUGGCCUCAGUUUCCCAUUCUAGUGUACUUCAAGGAGACGCAGACCAAACCUGAAGGGCAAAUUCACUUCUUCCCAGUAAUUUUUAAUGGCAAACAGCUAUACGACGUGAUGGUGGAGCGAGCUGGGCCAUCAAAGACUAGCGGACCGAAAUAAUAACCACCAUUAUCAGAGAGGAAGAUUAGCAUGGACAAGUAAUGGUGAAACAGGAAAUUAAGUUUCAUUACUUUCUGGACUGCUUCAAAUCUGUUAGGUUUUGUCCAUGUCCUCUGAUCAUCAGCAACCCACCUCUCCAUCCCUGUCAAACUCGUGCGGGAUGCAUGCUUUCGUGGUUGACUGCCUCAAGUCAACUAACACUCAGGUAUUGGUUUUCCACCCAACAACUUUUUCACGCUUAAAUUACGUAGUCAAAUUUCUCUCCAUUUUUACGUGAAAAAAACCAUAAGCUGUUCCAACCCAAGACUAUUUAUUGCAACGUUAUUCUUAUUAAAUGUUUCAUUCAAAACAUCUUUGUUUAGACUAAAUUUAGCUGAAUAGUAUGAAAACUUUGACA